AUGUCUUUGAGACUUUUCACAUCGGCUUCUCGUCUUAGUUCCACAGUUAUUAAUAAUGGCCGCGGCCAUUUUUCGGCUGGCCUCAUAAAAACACUAGCAGCCUCCUUGACUAGUGCUUCGCAUGCACACUUUGCCUCUACUUCACCAACUCCACGUGGUUCCCCAACUCCGCGUGGUUCUCCAACUCCGCGUGGUACUCCUACAGCCUAUGAAGUAGACAAAGACUACUGGUCUCUAAAAACCACCAUUGAUGACAUUAGAGCAAAAUAUGGUUUAAAGGGUGGUAGUCCAAUCAAGGAUCCAAAUCUCGAUCAACAUUCUGAUGAUCUCGAGAUAGACAUUACCGCGGCCGACGCACAAAAACUCUCGCGUAUUCAAUCUUUGCUCGAGAAUGCGGCACAGGAUUUGAACCAUCUCAUUUCAAAUGCAUCAAUUGGACCAGAUGGUCGACCAAAAAAGCAGGUAUGGUUGGCCGAAGAUGAUGAUGUGUCGGGCAACGCACAUGAAGCCAUCAAAAGUUUCCAAGAAAAUUACGUCGCGGGCGAUGUGGAUUUAAACGCGUAUCAUUUGGAGAACACUGAUGAAAAACCGGUCGGAGAAAUAUUACAAAUUGUAAAAGGAUUUCGAAAUGGAGCAGUUUACGGUGCAAAAGUGCGAUUUCCGCAUGCACUAGUAAUGACUUUUCUUUUUCGAGAAGGCAGUCUUAAAGAUAAGCUAACCUGGAUUUUUCAGGCUACAAAACAACAUUCUCGCAAUCUUGCCUUUUUCGUAACAAUAUACAAAUCGUUAAUGUAUCUACAACGAAAAAUUGCGGGAGACAAAGAACAAAGUGGACAUUCAUUUAUAGCGGGUCUAAUUGGCGGUUAUAUUAUUUUUGGGGAGAACAAUAGUAUCAAUCAACAGAUUGUACUUUACUUGUUUGCGCGUAUAAUGGUGGGCCUUGCUAAAGUACCAGCAGCGCAUAGAGUUGUCGAUGCGCCGAAACACACUUUUCCCAUCUUCGCGUCACUCGUUUGGGGGAUUGUUAUGUGGCUUUUCCGCCACGAGCGAGAUGUCCUUCAACCUUCUUUACAAUCUUCUAUGCAAUAUCUUUAUUUGGAUUCUAAUCGAUGGAAUUCACUUAGGAACUUUAUAUGGCAUAAUAAAUAA